AUGGCGGGGAUUUGGGAUGAGGUCUUGGACCACAACCAAACUGCUGAGUUUUGCAGACUGCUUGGAGUCGAGGUGGAUGCAGCAUUAGAGGACAUCACAAAGGCAUACAGACAAAAGGGCAUGAAGUGUCAUCCUGACAAGAAUCCAAAUGACCCCCAUGCAACAGCCAAAUUUCAGGAGCUCGGCAAAGCAUACCAACACUUGAGGGACCUGAAGAAAGAAGAAAAUGAAGUUGUUCAGGAUGUAAAAUUGCCCUCUGCCAUGUCACAGCAGCCUACCGUGGAUGCGACACUCCUGAAAUUGGGUUCUAAACGCGACAAGGAGCGUUUUAAGAACCGUACGCGGGCUUCUUCGAAGUCUUCAACUGCUGGGCGACACGCUAGAAGCGGCCGAGGAGGCUCGGAGCGGCGUUCCAGCGAGAGACGGCGCGAAGAAGACGGCGCUUCCCCGAGAAGCAUGCGCCGACAUGUGCGCCGGGGCGGGCGCCAUGACAGUCGUCAGCCUUCUUCGUCACCUUCGAUGCCGAGAUUGAGCGCUGUUCGCGGUCUUUUGGUGGCUGCUGAAGUGCACCAACCGCCGAAGUCUCCCGCUCAUGAAGAAGUAGAGCUGCCUUCUAACGUCGAAGUGAGCGAGGAGGAGAAGAAUGGCGAAGAGAGCGACGGCGGCGGUGACGGAAAGCGUAGGAAGGAUGGCAACAAUAAUGGCGACAUCCCGUCAGAGCCGGAGCUGGUUGAUGCUAGCGGCGUACGUAUUUCUGCCUUGGAGAAUAAUUUUUCAUUACUUUCAGAGAAGUUAGAUGGGCUCCAAGAGCUGAUGAUGUCGCAGUUUUCGCAGCCGAAGAAACGGCGGUCUGCGUCUGCAACGGGGUCUGCGCCGGGGAAGCGGCGGCGGCGACAUGACCGGCGGUCCCCAGCUCGAGUCGAGACGGAGGAAGAAAGUGUGUCGGACGUCUCGGAGGGCGGGCAGUCGGCAUGGAAGCCGUUCGACCCGACAAACAAGACCGUCAAGCACCCUUGGGUUGCUGACGACAACGUGUUGGAGGAGACGGAGAAAUACUUCAAGCACAGCAAGCAGUGUCGCGGGGCUGAUCUAGAGGCUUGGCAACAGAAGUACAACUUGCCAGACAACGCCCCAUCAACGAUGGUUGUACCGGCCUUCAACGAGAACGUGUCCAGGGCCGUUCUGGAGAAUGACAAGAAACAAGGUGAUGUGAUUGUUUCUCACGAUAAAUCUCUCAAGUCGGUGCAUACCAAUCUAGUGCAAGUUGGAACUCCAUUGAUCAAUCUCUGGCAGUUAAUCCAGCGUUCCAGUAAGGAUAGUUUUGAGGAACUGCAACUGGACAUGAUAGAUUGUGUUGGCACAGCUCUGUUACUCCUGGGUUCAGCCCAUUCUCAUCUAGCUUUCACACGCCGUUCUUUUAUUGCCGAGUCUUCUCAGAAGACCUUCAGGGAUCUGUUCCGCACCCCGUCAGAGGACAACAACUUCCUGUUCCCGCCUGAUCUGGGAACUAAGGCAAAGGAUUUGUCUUCGGAGAGCAAGGUGCUCUCUGGCAUGCUGACACAGGCAGAGAAGAGGCAGACCAGCUCGAGACGAGGUGGUCGUCGUACCAACUACAGAGCGGCAGGGGGCGGCAACAGAGGUUAUCGCUACAACUACAUGCCGAGGCCGAACUACAGUAGGCCAAACUACGGCGGGUCUCGCCAGUACUACAACAAGAGUUCGUCCCAGUCUUUUCAGAAGCAGGGGGACGGGAAGAAGUCAGACAAGUAGAAGUUUCAUCCUUGACAAGAGAAGCACUUCGGCGUUCGACCGACCUUCAACCUGUACCCGACGACUCUCAGCUACUUCACGGGGGCAGGCUAGUCCACUUCCUGCAGCAGUGGAAGCAGGUGACUUCAGACCCCUGGAUUCUACAAUGCGUUACGGGGUACAGGUUGGAGUUUGCGACAACGCCGCCAGUACAACAGAGAAUUCCACACUGCAGACCAAGAAGUCCAGAGCAGGUGGAAGUCCUCAGCGAGGAGGUUCGACACUUCAAGAUGGAGAGUCUAGCCAUUCUGAAAGAUCUCAUCCAGCCAGGGGAUUAUAUGGGAAAGAUCGACCUGAGAGAUGCGUAUUUCACCAUCCCAGUAGACGUGGGCAGCCGCAGAUUCCUGACGUUCCAGUGGCGAGGUCGUCUGUACCAGUUCCGCUGCGUCCCGUUUGGGAUGUCGAGCGCCCCAAGAGUGUUCACGAAGGUACUGAAGGUGCCCGUCGCACUUCUGAGAAGACGUGGUUUCCGUCUGAUCGUCUACCUGGACGACAUCCUGAUGUUUGGCCGAUCCAGAGAAGAGUGCAGAG